CCGCCGCGCGCGCACACACUCAUCGAUGACAACAACAACAACAACAACAACAGCAGUCAACAAUAACGCAACCACACUAUACCGCAGUAACAUAUAAGCUCCGCUGAUCGUCGCCAGUCCGACACUUUGCCACAGACCUUCUCGCCGUCAACGCUGUAUCGUUGCCUAGAAAAAAAUAAUAAUAAAAACAAAGACUCCAAACCAUCAAAAUGGCAAUCACGAAAAUUACUAUGAUUAAAUUUUUGGAACUCGCUCUAACCAUCAUCAUUUUCGUCUUGCAUUACAACAGUUUCCCGGGUGGCGAUACCACAUCGAUCAUGAUCACUACCGGAACUUACGUCGGUUAUGUGAUUAUUUUGGCUGGAAUUUUCAUUGGACUUUUCACGGGAACGCCGAUAAGCUCACGACUGGACAUGUUCUUUGUGUUGAUUGGCGCUGCUCUCUUUAUUGCAUCGGGAGUUAUGUCUUACAACUAUUACAAUGGUUUUUCAUUGAAAUCGUCAUAUGUCAAUACUGGUUUAACCAAGGCUUGGUUGUCCAUCCUCAACGGAGUUGUGUUCGUCGUCGAUGCUGCGUUCACAUACCGCGGCGAAUAAGUUAUAUUUUUAAGUAAAUAUAAUUUUAUGAUUAAGCUAAAUGUUAAAGAAAUAAUAUUUAUUUUGUUCGACGAAUGUUAUAGGUGGUAAAUCAACUGUUUCUUUUUAUACCUAUAGAAAUAUAAAUGUAAUAAUGUUGCUUCUUAUUGCGUUUAAACUUUUAACUAAAAAUGUAUAAUUUAUUUUUCUAUGUACUACAGUAAAUAAUUUAUUUUUUAUCUAUAUAAUAAUUAAGAGAGCACUCCAUAAUAUUUAAUUCAACUCAUAAUUUGUUUACUUGUUGUGACUCAUUUAAAUUUGUUUCAAUCAUUUCUUAUAGUAAUAAUAAUGAUAUAGGUACAGAUAUCAGUUACUUUUUUUAUAUUAAUUGAGUGUGUUAGCUUAUACUUUAAAAUAAUAUAAUUCAAUGGUUUCAUAACAGCAUAAAAAACUGUAAAUAAUUAAAAUGCGAUUUAGUAGUCACUUAUUAUUAUUUUAUUAUGUCUGUAUAAUGUAUUUCGGCAGGAAUGUUUAAUCUUUGUAUUUUUAAGAUAAAGUAAAAUAUUUACUAUUAAGUUAUUCAUCACAUUUUAAUUACUGUAGUUUUCUGAAGUUAAUAUUUUUUUAUAAUUUUUUUUAUUUUUAUCAUUCAAUUUCUAUUGAUACGUAGAUUUAAAUACAUUUUAAAAUAAUUUUAACAUUUUAAUCCGUAAAAUGUACAAAAUAUGGAAUUAAAAUAUAUUUUGAUCUGUAAAAUGUUUUGAUUUUGGUUGCAAUUUCAAUAACCUUUUCAUACAUAAUUAAUAAUUAUACUUUAUUUUAUACUAUAUCGCCACUGACAUUUUUAAUAUAAUUAAUGUAUUAUGUUAAAAGUAAUAUCUGUGCAUUAAUUGCGUGUUUGUAAUUACUAUAUUACAUAUCUUAACGUCAAAGUUACUCACUCAAUAGGUACUAAGUUAAAUCAUACUAUAAUCAAAAAUAAUAACAAUAAUAAUUGAACUACAAAUUUUAAUAGUUUAGCAGUUUUAUUACAUCGAAUAAUAACAAUUAAUAACAUCAUUCUCACAUUCACAUAAUUGUUUGUUUUCUUCUUUAGCUAGGUACCUAUUGAUAUUGAUAAAAGUACAUUCAUUCUACAUUCAUAUAUGGAUUGAUUUAUAUUGAUUUUGAUGAAAUGUUUUAUGAUACUAUGACAUAAUGACUACUGAAUAUUGAUGUUUUUUUUAUUGUACAUGUGCACCAGGCUGGCACAAGGCCAUCAACAUCAUUUUUACUCUCUCUCUCUCUCUCUCUCUCCCCCCCCCCCCCCCCCCAUUCAGUCAAACUAUAAAUAUUUAAAAAUAAUUAACCGUUUGUAAGUUUGUUAGACAUAUGUACAGAAAAAUAUCAAAUAUACAUACAAUUUCUAUUUAAAAAUAAAAAUGUUUAAGAAAACUUAAUGCAGAUCGAAAACACAUUUCAUUUUUUUUUAUCAUAUAAGUAAGGUAUACACAAUAUUACCUUUAGCACAAUAAGUAUAAUACAAUGGCAUUUACAUACAUAUCUUGAGGAAGAAGCCACACACUAGUGACACUUGACUGGGAGUUUAACAUUUCAUUUAAUACAUUUCAAAAUAUGUUAUGUGUGUGUCUUUGAUGUCUAUUUAAUAAAAAAAUUAUUUCUUCUUGCAAAGUAUGUAGAAUUUAACUAAUGCCAAAAUACUUCGUGACAUGUGUUUUUCAUAUGUUUUAAAACAAUUGUCAGCUGUGACAUAAUCAUUUAACUUAUGGCUCAAUUAUUAAUAAUUGUCUUUUUUUACUUUUACUCUAGCACAUUUGUUCCUUAUGCAAUUCAUUCAGUAGAUUUAUUUUUUGGUAGAUUAUCUUUAUUAGAUAACGAUUUGGUAUAGACUACAAACCUAAAAUCUUAAUUUUUAUUUAAUAAAAGUAAAUAAUGAAUUUAAUAAUGUGUUAAGUAUUUACAAUGACUUGAAAAAGAUUGAGAUGAAUCCAUUGAAACGGAUUAUGAAUUAGAUUCUAUUGUAAGAUUUAAUUAAAUUUUUUUAGUUAUUAGUUUAACGUUAAAUUGUUUGUGUGAUAUAGGUAUAAACUACAGGAUUUAUAACUUGGUUAUUUCGUAUAACACAUGAAAAUACUUAUAAAUCAACGAAAAUAUUAUCUGUGUUUCAUGAAGGAGUCAACAUUUCAACACUUCGUUAUAAUAUGUUGAGUACUCAUCACUUGUAUUUGAUUUCAGUGAACAAUCAGACAAAACAAACAAUUUGUAUAAACAAUCUGCUUUGGAAGAAGUGGUUAUGUUUAUCUAGACACAUCUCAAUUAUUUAUAAUUUAGCGUUGAUUAUUAUAUAAUUUUCUAUAAUAUAUUACAUUAUAUCUUAUAUUAAUAUACCUAGGUAUAUUUGAUCUCAUUAUAUUGUAUAGAUCCGAAAUCGUCAAACUCGUAAUUUAAAUUAUAAAGCCAAGCGCCAACUGUAUACAAUACUUAAGCAUGUUUAAUCAACCAAUUAAUAACAAUUUUCAAGAUUAUACAAUAUACAAUUUCUCACCGAUAAAUACUUAAUACAGAAAUAGCAUGAGGGGAACUCGUUUUUUAAAACCAAAAAAAUAUUAAACUUAAGUACAAAUAUUUGGUAUUCAGUGUAUACCUAAAAAAAUACAUGUUAUUCAUAAUUAUUUAUUUAUUUAUUAAUUAAUUAUUUAUUCAUGUUAUUUAUAAAAUUACGUCGAUUAAAAUUGAUAGACCAAUUUUUUCAUCCGUUUUGCACAUCUCAUAUAAAAUAUAAUAUUAUAACGUACCCAUAGUUGAAGUCAUUAAUACUAAAUACAACUGUUUUAAAUAAUACCUACCUGAUUGGAUCAUCACGAAAAGUAAAAUAAAACUACUCACAUAACCACUGAGUAGGGCCUUUGCCGUGUUAUUAUAAGAAGUAAGAACCACAGUGGAUGUGAUGAAGUUUACAGUAUAAAGUGAACACUGUUGUUGGCCAACAAAAAAAUGUAAGUCGGAAAGAAUAAUCUGAGCACGGAUUGGCUGCUGUCUACCACUGAAUAUCAAAAGGAAACUAAAAAUAUUUUUUAAUACAUUUCAUUUAUCCAGUGGAAUAGUAAUGCGAAUAAAACAUUGUAUGAAAUUGUAUGUUAUAUUGUUAUAAUUCACAAUAAAUGUCAAAUAUAUUGUA